AUGCCGCCGAAGAAGAAGUCUGCUGCUAUUGCGCGUCCACCGCUGCCUGUGCCGAAUGCUACGCACCCCUGCGCCUCGCUCAUUCCCUCCGUCCUCGACCCCGCUUCCCUCAUCGAACGUCCGCACCCUGCCAGCUACCACGCCUUCCUGACCUCGCCGUACUACCCGAUUGCCUCCCCGAGCUCGGAGCCACCAACCAAGAAGCGCAAGAAGGACUCGAGCGAGCCGAAACUGCCGCCUGCCCUCGACUCCGCGAUUGAGGCAGCCGUCGUCCAGAAGAAGCUCCUUGCAUGGUUCGACGGCGUGAAGGAGAAGCGUGGGAUGCCGUGGAGGAAGGAGGUCGACCCAAAGACGCUGUCGCAGAAGGACCGGACGCAGAGAGGCUACGAGGUCUGGGUCUCCGAGAUCAUGCUUCAGCAGACGCAAGUCGCGACCGUAAUCCCGUACUGGAAGAAGUGGAUGGAGAAGUUUCCGACGGUCAAGGCGCUGGCAAAGGCUGAUAUCGAGGAGGUCAACGAGGUCUGGAAGGGUUUGGGCUAUUACUCCCGCGCCAAGAGGCUGCUUGACGGAGCGAAGACGGUCAUGGAGAAGCACGACGGCAUCUUGCCAGAGACGGCGGAAGGACUGCUUGACAUCGAUGGAAUCGGACCUUACUCCGCCGGCUCCAUCUCGUCUAUCGCCUUCGCGCAACGCUCUCCCAUGGUUGACGGCAACGUCACUCGCGUUCUCUCACGCCUCACCGCCUUCCACGCUCCUGCGGCAGCGAAGGCGACGACUUCCUACAUCUGGGCACUCGCAGACGUCCUCGUCCCGCCGCAGCCGAAGAAGAAGAAGGCCUCUUCGGACGGCGACGACCGCUCGACGCUCGAUGUUGGCGGGCUGAAUAAGCCGGGAGCAUGGAACCAGGCUUUGAUGGAACUCGGCGCGACGGUUUGCACGCCGAAGAACCCGAAUUGCGCUGAAUGCCCGCUCAACGACGAGUGUCUCGCUUACGCGGAAGCCCGCUACGUCGCGCACCGACCCGCCGCGGACGGUUCCGCUGCCGCUGCUCCCGACAUCGAGGAUCUCUGCACCCUCUGCGCUCCUCUACCGUACGAAGAAGCCUCCGAAGCGCGUCGCCAUGGCGUCGAAGUCUACCCAAUGGCGAAGGAGAAGACGAAGAAGCGGGACGAGGAGACGGCUGUUUGCGUGCUCGAGUGGGUGCCGAGCGGGACGGAUGAGAAGAGCGACGAGGGCAGGAAGGUUUUGUUGAUCAAGCGGCCGGAGAAGGGCCUCCUUGCCGGGCUGUAUGAGUUUCCCGCCGUCGACUUGCCCGCUUCGACUGCUCCCUCGACACCAAAAGCUCGCUCUAAGUAUCUCGACAAGCUCCUGCACACCCUGCUCGAUAUCUCCUCCUCCACGACCUUCUCCCCUUCCUCGCCUGAAGACGCCGAUUCCUCCGACUUGCGCAUCAUGUCCCGCUCAACUCUCCCGCCCGUUACGCACGUCUACUCGCACAUGAACCGCACCUAUCACAGCGAACGCCUCGUCAUCUCCUCACCCUCGUUUCCCUCGCUGCGGAAGGCCUCGCCCGCCUCGCCGGCGAAGAAGGACGAUCUGGUGCAGUCUCUGCCGGGCCGAGGGAAGUGGGUUGAUGCGGCGGAUGUGGAGGGCGAGAACGUCGGAGGCGCGGUCGGGAAAGUUUGGGAGGAGAGGCAGUUGCAGGCGAAGGGACUGGCGAGUAAGAAUGGCGCGAAAGCGAAGGGCAAGGCGAAGGCUGGCGAGGGCGCGAAGACCGCAAAAGUUGAGAAAAGGCAGGGCAGCUUGGCGGGUUUCUUUGUGAAGAAGGAGGAGAAGCGGGUCAAGGAGACGGUCGAGGUGGACGACGAGCUAAUCGUGGUUGAGGAGAAGCAUGAGGUCAAGGUCGGGACGAACGGCGGUAAGGCGGAGGCAGUUGUCGAGCAGCAGAGCAAGAUCUACAAGAAGCGGCGGAUUGCGCCGGCUUCGGACGACGAAGAUGAGUAG